ACGACCGCAACUCAUACGCAUACACCUACCCUGCUCUGCUGGACAUCAGACUGACAACUCCCAGCAUUCCACCCUCGCUUUGCCCUUCUCUCGUCGUCCUCUUUAUGUUCUCAUAAUACCCAAAGUCACUCCUUGCAUCGCACCGCAUCCACCAAUGCCAAAUCCGAACUUCUUCCCCUUACCCGAUUCAUCACGCCCAUCGCUUCCAAUGCACACCCGACAGCCUACGCGCCAAGGUGGCGGCGGCUCGAUCCGACGCGCAAAGACGCUGGUUAAACCAGAGCGGUCUGUGGCACCCGCGCCGCUAAUCAACCCCCCCACGAUCGUGGGUUCCCAAGCGGUCAAGCUGGUCGAUCCCGCAGACUCCUGGGACGCUUGGCGCAUCUUCUCCCUCUUAAUCACCUUCUGGGCUCCACCCAUCUUCCUCAAAUGGGCCCGCAUAUCGGACACUCCGUCCCAGCAGGCCUGGCGAGAAAAGGUGGCCUUGUGCUUUCUUGCGCUCGUCCUGGGCGCGUUUGUGGGGUUCGUCACCAUGGGAUUAGACAGGGUACUUUGCCCGACCAGCGCGUCCAUCGACCAAUCGCGAUAUUCUAAGCUCGGCAGCACCCCAGGCACGCUGGGCGUCGAAGGGUGGGAAUACAACAUCAGUUCCUCCACGCCACCGGCAAACUUCGACUUUUUUACUAUUGCGGCCCAGGAGCCCGGCCAGGAUAUCACCCCGUACUUCCAGCGCGGCUACGCGAACUUCCCCGCAUGCCAGAGUCUCAGUGCGCGGUUCGCCAAUAUGAACGUCUGCAAUGGGACAACCUGCCCGAUGGGAGAUCCUAGCCAGCCGGCCACUUUCCAGAUGUACAAUCUCCAGAAUACCUCGCUCAUAGUCGGGUACGAUUGGGACCAGGUUGCCAACCUCACUGACUACAUGGUCAUCGACGGCGACGUGCUGAAUAUGCAGCCCUACAUGCAGUCCAAUCCGAACCCCAUCACCGCCGACCCUGUCGAUGCAGCUAUCCGAUCUGUUUUGCGGACCAGGCCGGGCAGUUCAGGUCGAGAUGCUACCAUGCUGUUCUACUCUCGACCAUACCUCAAGAGUGCAGUGCCUUGCCUCCAAGAACGCUACUAUGCAGGGAGCAUCGACAAGCUUACUGCGGGAUGUUUCAUCAGCACGCUGUUCCUCUACAUCAGUCUCGUUAUGAUCAUGGGUAUCGUCCUCACCCGAUUCGGAAUGGCAUGCAUCUUCAAUUGGUUCAUCAGUGCCGAGCUGGUCAAGCCUCCGCGCAACCUUAGCAGGACCGUCAUUUCUCCCGCUGUCAUGCCAGAAGGUGCAAACGUCACGGUGGACAACGAGAUGGGUACCGCACCCUGGACAGCACGUGCGGCCAAGAAGAGCGGGAAGCUCACGAAGCGGUCAUCGAAGACGUCCCGGCCCAGCUCACCUAGCCUGCGUGGCCCAGCAGCAGCAGCCGCAGUCGCCGCCGCCCAACCGCUGAUCCAGGCAACCCAAAUAGGAGCAGAACUCUACACCGUAUGCCUCGUGACCUGUUACUCGGAGAAUGAACAUUCCAUCCGUGGCACGCUUGACUCAAUCGCCGGUACUCAGUACUCGGACAAGCGCAAGUUGCUCUUUGUCGUCUGCGAUGGUAUGGUCACCGGUUCUGGGGAGAAGACAAGCACACCAGACAUCUGUGUGGGAUUAUUGGAGGCGGAUGAGCGGUUUGGAGACCCGAUGCCGCUCUUGUACGGAGCUAUCGGAACAGGCGCGAAAAGAGAGAACAGGGCGAUGGUGUAUGCUGGCCAUUACGUGUACGGUAAACACCGGACGCCGACUAUCAUUGUAGUCAAGUGCGGGAUGGAAAAGGAAAUGAAUGGCCCCAAGCCAGGCAACCGUGGCAAACGUGACAGCCAGCUGGUCCUCAUGAACUUCUUCCAGCGGGUCACGUACAACGACCGGAUGACUCCACUGGACUUCGAUAUGUUCCGCAAGAUCCAGGUGCUCAUGGGUGUGACGCCGGACUUCUUCGAAUUGUGUCUCAUGGUUGAUGCCGAUACCCGCGUGGACACCAUGUCGUUGAAGCAGCUCGUCAACUGUAUGCACCACGACCGUAUGAUCAUGGGCGUCUGUGGCGAGACCCGAAUUGCCAACAAACGGCAGUCUUGGGUCACUAUGAUCCAGGUCUACGAAUAUUUCAUCUCUCAUCAUUUGGCUAAGGCCUUCGAGUCGGUUUUCGGUGGUGUUACCUGUCUUCCCGGAUGCUUCUCCAUGUAUCGACUGAAAGCACGCAAGGCGCAAGAUGACGACUGGAUCCCGCUUUUGUGCAAGCCCGAAAUCGUCCGUGAUUACAGUCAGAGCGACGUCACAACUCUGCACCAGAAAAACCUGCUUCUCCUUGGAGAAGAUCGAUUUCUCACCACCAUUCUUUUGCGUACCUUCCCCAGCCGCAAAAUGAUCUUCUGCCCACAAGCAAAGUGUCAUACUGUGGCUCCCGAUGAGUUUAAAGUUCUUCUUUCUCAACGCCGCCGAUGGAUCAACUCGACCGUGCACAAUCUCAUGGAGCUCGUCCGCGUUCGGAAUCUCUGUGGCACCUUCUGUUUUUCCAUGCAAUUUGUGGUUUUCAUGGAUCUUCUAGGUACAGCUGUGCUGCCAGUUUCUAUCUGUCUGACCUACGCCCUUAUUGUCAACAUGGUCCUCGAGCCCCCGAACUCGUUCGAAAAGGCCAUCCCCCUCAUGCUCCUGGUCGCGGUCAUCGGUCUUCCCGCCAUCCUCAUCCUCAUCACCACCCGCAAAUUUAUUUACGUCGCAUGGAUGUUUAUAUAUCUCCUGGCGCUUCCCAUUUGGAAUUUCGUUCUUCCUGUUUACGCGUUUUGGCACUUCGACGACUUCUCAUGGGGUGAAACGAGGAAAGUCGAAGGUGAGCUCAAGUCCCUUGGGCAUGGUGGCGGCGUCGCUGGAGCGUAUGACGGUACUUCUGUUCCCUUACGUCGGUGGGAGGACUGGGAACGCUCUCGCCUGCGAAAGCUCAGGAGAGACGAACGUCGCCGAAGGGAGUUCGAACGUAUGCAGUUCGGCAAGCAUUUGGAUCCGUUCUCUACUUCUCAUUCCAUGAAUGGCCUCGGCAACGGCUCACCGUUCAGCGGUUCACCGUUCCAGGGCCGCGAAGUGAUGGACGAUGGCUAUGACAGCGCUAUGUCUGAUACAGUCUCCGUUGUGUCGUCGAACGAGGACGACCACUGGGGCACUCAGAUCGGAGGCUACAACGAAAAUUCUGCACAAUACCCACCUCCUCCCAUUACCCUAGGCGCGGACAUGGAUGAUGACUUCCUUCGAGAAGCGAAGACCGUCGGAAAGGAUGAGAUGGAAGCCAUGCUUGAAGAAGGCUUCGACGAUCGGCCCACCAACGACUUCAGCCCGGCGUAUCGCGUGCCUCCGGUUCCUGCAAUGGAUUCUAAAUACUUCGUGCAGGCGCCACCGGCCGCCCAGCGAUAUCGCCUUGAAGACAGCCCCGCUUACAGGCCGAUGAGGCCGGUUGCGGACUCAUCCGCAGUGCGGAGUCAGGGCCAUGCCAGACAACGUUCAGGGGCAGCCGGGAAACCCAUCAACUACGGUCCUCUGGGACCAUUAGACCCCGGAGGAGGGAGGAUAUGAGGAGCCUGCGACGGCGUGGAUCAUGUACUUUUUAUCGGAUGGGAUCUCUCCUCGCCAAAGAGCCUUUUUGAUUGACUCUGCAGCCAUAGCACGUUCCUAGCAUAUUUGUUACGCCGCAUCUUUCGCUCUGCAUGCCUCAUACCCACUGCAAUUCAGCACUCUAGUACCCUUUUCCUUUUCUCUUAUUGCUCUACCUACCGUACCAAUCUACCAACUAGAUACGUUGCAAUGGUAACUCUCGUUUCUUCGCGAACCUUAGCAGAGCAGCGAGCCACCCUCGACGUCAAUCGUUUUGCCAGUCAUGUUGGUGCACUUCAUGAGGAAAAGAUAGGUCUCUGCGAUCUCUUCUGGCUGGGCUGUGUGCUUCACAAGGGAGUGGUCCGCCCACAUCUUCAUGAGACCUCCCCUCACUUCGGCUGGUAGACCAUUCCACAGCUCAGUGUCGACACCACCCGGUGACACGGUGUUCACACGAAUCGGUGCCAGUUCGAUAGCCAGUCCCCUUGUGAUGCUCUCCGUUGCACCAGAGACUGCAGCAGUCAUGGCCCACCCUUUGCCAGGGGGCUUCCGCACCUGUGAACCCACAGACAUCGUCACAGAUGCACCAGAGUUGAAGAGUCCUUUCUGGUAAGCAUACUUGGCGGCAAUAACAGGGCCAAAGAACCGAAUGUCGAACAUCGCUUUGUAUGCCUCGAGGUCUUGAUCCAUGAAGUUGGUUUGGAGGGCGUCGCCGGCGGUCCAUACCAGAUGGUCAAACUUCCCAACCUUAUCCAAGAACACCUCAAUCGACUUGGCGUCCUUUGCGUCAACUGUUGACCCCGAUAUCUUGCCCUCGAAGAGCGAGUUUGCUGCAAGGAGCUUCUUGACCGCCGCAUCGACUUUGGCUUGUGUGCUGCUGGAGAUGAUGACACGGGCUCCGUGUUCCAGCGAGGCUUGAGCAACGGCGCAGCCGAUACCAGAGGUCCCGCCAAUAAUAACGACGAGCUUGUCAACGAGGUGUCGCAGAGAUGGAGAGCUUUGGGUCGUAGCGAUAGACAUAAUUGAUGUGUUGAUCUUGCAAUUGAAACUUGAAGAGAAA